UGUGUAGCUCCUCUGUAGCUGUGUUGUGAGCUGUGGUGGUAGUGUGUGGUGAUGGUGAUGAAACUGAAGCACAGAAAGGAUUUGUGGUGUGUUUUUCUGUCUGCCUAAACUUCAGGGCUAAAGAUGACUUCAUCCACACCCAGUUCCCCGCAUGGCUCCUCCGCCCACCAGAAGGUGUGCCACUGUCAGACCCAAACAGAUGCCAUGAAGCCUCUGCUGGGCUGGGCCGGGCACGCCAGCCAGGUGCUCCGUCGCCGUCGACGCAUACUGACCAAAGAUGGGCGGAGCAACGUGCGCAUCGAACACAUGAGUGGGCGGGGCGCUCUGUACCUGCGUGACCCCUGGACGACCUUCGUGGACAUGCAGUGGAGGUACAAGCUGGUCCUGUUCAGCGCCACCUUCGUCGGGACCUGGUUCACCUUCGGCCUGCUGUGGUACCUGCUGGCACUGGUGCACGGAGACCUGCUGGAGUUUGAACCUCCAGCCAACCACACGCUGUGUGUGAUGCAGAUGCAGACCCUGACAGGAGCUUUCCUCUUCUCCCUGGAGACGCAGACCACCAUCGGCUACGGUUUCCGGUGCAUCACUGAAGAGUGCCCGUCCGCCAUCGUCCUCCUCAUCAUUCAGCUGCUUAUCACCACCGCCAUGGAGAUCUUCAUCACAGGAACCUUCCUCGCAAAGGUGGCUCGGCCGAAGAAACGUGGUGAGACAGUCCGAUUUUGCCAACAUGCCGUGGUGGCCAAUCACGAUGGCCGGCCGUGUCUCAUGAUCAGGGUGGCAAACAUGCGCAAAAGCCUCCUACUGGGUUGCCAGGUGACUGGGAAGCUACUGCAGCCGUGUGUAUCUAAAGAGGGUGAGACGGUGCGUCUGGACCAGAGAAACGUCACCUUCAGUGUGGACACAGCCAGCGAGAGCCCCUUCCUCAUCCUCCCCCUCACUUUCUACCAUACUAUUGACGAUGAAAGCCCACUUCGAGCGUGGGCCGCUAAGGGUGGGGGAUGGACAGACCAAGAGCUGGCUGACUUUGAACUGCUGGUAAUGAUGAGCUCCACGGUGGAACCCACCUCCGCCACCUGCCAGGUGCGCACCUCCUUCCUACCUGAUGAGAUCCUGUGGGGAUAUGAGUUUCCGCCCCUCGUCUCUCUGUCGCCAAACGGCAAGUACGUAGCAAACCUUGCCUACUUCGACAAGGUUGUGAAGGCCAAGUCUCCGCCCCUUUUCAAAGAGUCUCCGCCCAGCAGGAGGCAGAGCGACCAUGGUGGUGGAGAAGUGGAGGGUGGGGACCCGGAGAAGAUGCAGCUGGAGCAGAGCUACAGAGAAGGAGGAGAAGAAAGAGGGCGGAUGAGAGACAGUAGCCCCUUCAGUGUUAGGAUCAGUAAUGUGUAAACCACGCCCACUUCGUUCACACCACGCCCACUGUAUAUGCACAGAUGUGGGAUGAUGCUGAUGGACUAUAUGGACCUGAUUUGGAGGAUUUUGGAGAGUCAGGAUGAAGAAUGUACCUUAGUUCUAAUAUCCAUGACAGUACUGCUAUAAACAUGCUGCACUUUAGAGUCUUUUUUAAAAAAGAGCAACACUGGAAAACACUGGAAUGCUUGUUCUAAACUGGUUUGUUUUGCUGGUUUGACACUUUAACCUUCAGUACCUCUCUGUUUUUUUAUCUAACUAAAAUAUUGGAACUCCAUAGAAUAGAGUAAAAUGUAAUAUUUUAUUUAAUAUAACAUAUAUAACAUGUUUAAUGUUGUUGCCAUUAUGAAGCUUAUAGUGAAACAAUAGCUCCCUCUAGUGGCUGGUUGCACUGCCCUGAACCGCAUCAAGGAGUCUUUUGCACUGGAACCUGUAGAGAAGCAGUACAACUGCUCUACUGCUCCUGAAUACUGAAUAAAGACUGAAUAUACUGAAUAAAGCUUUAGCUGUCGAGGACAUACAGGCCUGUCACAGUAACUUCAAUUUUGUAUGAUAUAUUGCUUGAUAAAUAAUUGCAAUAAAUAAUUAUAUAGCAAUGAUGUAUGGAUAGUCCUGCAUAAUAGAAUAAAAAUGCAGGUACACUGUUUAAAAAACCUUUUGGAUUUAUGGAUUAUGAAAAUGUUCAUUCAUCAUAAAUACAUAAGACAUUAAACAAUAUGCAAUACAGCUCUGGAAAAAAUUGAGAAACUUCAGUUUCUGAAUUACUGGCUCUGAUUUUGCUAUUUAUAGGUCUAUGUUUGAGUAAAAUGAAUAUUGUUGUUUUAUUCUAUAAACUAAAGACAAAAUUUCUCUCAAAUUCCAAAUAAAAAUAUUGUCAUUAAGAGCAUUUAUUUGCAGAAAAUGAGAAAUGCCUGAAAUAUUUUUUUUAUUUUUAUUAGUUUUCAUGCAUCUUGGCAUGUUAUCCUCCACCAGUCUUACACACUGCUUUUGGAUAACUUUUAAACUCAAAGCAGUUCAAGCAGUUCAGCUUGGUUUGAUGGCUUGUGAUCAUCCAUCUUCCUCUUGAUUAUAUUCCAGAGGUUUUCAAUUUGGUAAAAUAAAAUAAAAAAACUCAUAAUUUUUAAGUGCUCUCUUAUUUUUUCCCCAGAGCUGUAUAGGCCAUUUGGAACUAUUGAGGUCAAUAUAUUGUACAGUAACUGGAUUAGUAAUUAUUGUGACAGGCCAAAGGACAUACAUACAUACAUAGACAAUGCUAAUAAUAUAUGAUGGUGAUGAAGAUGAAGAUGAAGAUGGUUGUGAAGACAAUGUAAUGACCGUGUUUAUUGAUUUAUUGGUUAAUCAUUCUGAAAUGCAUUUUGAAUGUUAGUUCUUAUGAGGACUGAAAGUAUAUUUUCCAAUGAACAGAAUGUUAUAAGUUUUAAAAUAAGCUGCUUAGUUGUUUUUGAUCAUCACAUUAUUUUUUAUGAAUUGUGAUAAUUUGACAUUGUUUAAUGCAUUGUUUUCUUUUUUUUUACUUAUAAUUACAGCACUUAUGAAUCUGA